GUGCCAUGGUGGCGGGAUCAAAGCGAGCCCCCUUUGCAGCGAUUUCUUCAGCUUGACAAGCUGAUGGACAGCUUCCUCACUCCGGGCACAAGUCCAUGUGCGCUGGUGCACUGUGCCGGUGGCAUCGGCCGCGCAGGCGUCUUCAUAGCAGCCGAUGCUGGCGGCCGCGCUGCGCUCCGCGGCGAGGCCCACCGCUGCAGUCCAGACAGGCUCAUUGGGCACUUGCGUCAGUGCCGCAUGAACAUGGUGCAGACUGCUGAGCAGUACGAAUUUCUCCACCGUGCCCUCCCUUUGCUGGUAAAGCAAAUGCGAGCCGGCAGGGAUGCAAAUGCCACCUGA